AUGGAUGAUCCUGACCCUUUGAAAAGUGUCAACUGGAAUGCACGUAAACAUUCAGUUGCUAAUCAUCGUCACGUUGAACUCGUUGGGUUUUCAGAUACAUUGUUAAAAAUGUAUAAUGGCGUGCUUCAUUGUGUUAUGGAACUGUACCGAGAUGACAGAGACUGCCAGUUUUCUUGGCAGCAUUUCAGGAACGCCGCUGAUAAAUUGGCGGAAAUGCACAAAUAUGUGAAGCUAACGAUACUGAAAGUAUAUGAACUUGGGAUUGUUGAGGGAGCUGCUUCUUUCUCCUCUGAUUUCUUCGACAAAAUCAAGGAUAUGCCAUUGCAAAAUGGAAACAAGAAUAUCCCAUUCGACUGCGUUGAGAAUUAUCUCUCCAGACCAGAUGAUCCACCUCCAAAGUCUUUACGACGUAUCAAACGUGUAGCUAUUCGUCGACGCUCGCGGCAUUUACGUAAUGUAGGAGAAAUAAUUGAACACCAUCUGCAUCCAACCAGUGUUAAUUCUAAACAGACUGAAUCUGGUUCAUCUUCAUAUGCACAUCAACCUUCAACAUUGGAGUGGGAUGCAGGAAAACAUUCUAAUUGGACCGUUAUACAAAAAACCUCUUCGUGUAUGCCCCUUGAUACAGAAAUCGAUUGUCCUAGUGAGGACAGUGGAACAUCUCUGAGUAGUUGCACUUGCGAUGACUAUUUAACCGAUACUUCAAAUUCAACCAAUGAAGAGGAUGAUUAA